AGUCAGCAAUUUUGUAUCAAACUUUAUUAAAAUUAUAUAACUUUUGGAAAAAUAAUUGUUUCAGAUAUUCAAAUUUUUCUAGGUAUACUUUGAUUUUUAGAUAUGAAGCAUGUUAUAGCUACAAUUUUGCUUUGUUUGCCUUGGUUAAGUUACGGAAUGAUAAACCGAAAGGAUUUUAGUGAAAAUCAAUUGGAGAGAAUUGACUCAAUACAUCAGAUAUGCAAACACACAACCGGUGUCUCUGAGACGUUAAUAAAUCAAAUGAUUAAGGGUGGAUUUCCAGAGGAUCUAAAAGCAAAGAGAUAUUCGUAUUGUCUUUGGAUGGUCUAUAUGGAAAUGGACGACAAUUUAGAUUUGGACGUCAAACAUAUGUGGAACUUUUUACCUCACAUUCACAAGCGUGACGUGCACAUCUAUAUGCAAUGUAAUGAUGAAAUAAAAAAACUACCUGGCAAUGAUCUUGUUGAGAAGAUGUGGCAAAUGCAAAAAUGUGCUCAAGGUAGAGUGGACCCUGAGCACUACUUAUUCUUCUAGUUAGACGGAGAUAUUAUUAAGUAAAGUUAUAUUAGUAAAUUAGAUGUCACCAGCAGUAUAAUAAAAUAUUUAUGAAAAUCCAA